CGCGCCGCCCGCGCCGCGCCUUCCUCGUCCUCGCAGCGGCCGGGAGCCCGGGAGCCGCCACCAUGGGCCGGGCCCGCCCCGCCGCGCGCCGCCCGCACAGCCCGGACCCCGGCGCGCAGCCCGCGCCUCCCCGCAGCCGCGCCCGCGCCCUGGCGCUGCUCGGAGCCCUGGUGGCCGCCGUGGCCGCCGCCGCCGCUGCCCGGGCCUGCGCGCUCCUCGCCGACGCCCAGGCGGCCGCGCGGCAGGAAUCGGCCUUGAAGGUUCUGGGGACCGAUGGCCUCUUUCUCUUUUCCUCGCUGGACACAGACCAGGAUAUGUACAUCAGCCCGGAAGAGUUCAAACCCAUUGCAGAGAAACUGACAGGGUCAGUUCCUGUGGCCAGCUAUGAGGAGGAGGCGCUGCACCAUGACCCCAGCGAGGAGACUCUCACCAUAGAAGCUCGAUUCCAGCCUCUGCUCACAGAGACCAUGACCAAAAGCAAAGAUGGCUUCCUAGGGGUCUCCCGCCUCUCUCUGUCAGGCCUCCGCAACUGGACGACUGCAGCCUCACCCACCGCGGUGUUUGCUGCCCGCCACUUCCGGCCCUUCCUGCCCCCUCCAGGUCAGGAGCUGGGCCAGCCCUGGUGGAUUAUCCCUGGAGAGCUGAGUGUCUUCACAGGCUAUUUGUCCAACAACCGCUUCUACCCACCGCCGCCCAAGGACAAGGAGGUCAUCAUCCACCGGCUCCUGAGUAUGUUUCAUCCACGGCCCUUCGUGAAGACCCGCUUUGCCCCUCAGGGCACUGUGGCCUGCCUAACUGCCAUCAGCGACUCCUACUACACUGUGAUGUUCCGGAUCCAUGCCGAGUUCCAGCUCAGUGAGCCUCCUGAUUUCCCCUUCUGGUUUUCACCCGGCCAGUUCACUGGCCAUAUCAUCCUGUCCAAAGAUGCUACACACAUCCGUGACUUCCGGCUGUUCGUGCCCAAUCACAGAUCCCUGAAUGUGGACAUGGAGUGGCUGUAUGGGGCCAGUGAGACCAGCAACAUGGAGGUGGACAUCGGCUACAUACCCCAGAUGGAGCUGGAGGCCAGGGGUCCCUCAGUGCCCUCUGUAAUCCUGGAUGAGGAUGGCAACAUGAUUGACAGCCGCCUGCCCUCGGGAGAACCCCUCCAGUUUGUGUUUGAGGAGAUCAAGUGGCACCAGGAGCUGAGCUGGGAGGAGGCUGCCCGGCGCCUGGAGGUGGCCAUGUACCCCUUCAAGAAGGUCAACUACCUACCCUUCACGGAAGCCUUUGACAGGGCCAAGGCUGAGAGCAAACUUGUGCAUUCCAUCUUGCUGUGGGGAGCCCUGGACGAUCAGUCCUGCUGAGGUUCAGGGCGGACUCUCCGGGAGACUGUCCUGGAAAGCCCGCCCAUCCUCGCCCUCCUCAAUGAGAGCUUCAUCAGUACCUGGUCCCUGGUAAAGGAACUGGAAGACCUGCAGAUCCAGCAGGAGAACCCACUCCACAGGCAGCUGGCGGGCCUGCAUCUGGAGAAGUACAGCUUCCCUGUGGAGAUGAUGAUCUGCCUGCCCAACGGCACCGUGGUUCACCACAUCAACGCCAACUACUUCCUGGACAUCACCUCCAUGAAGCCUGAAGACGUGGAGAACAACGUCUUCAGCUUCUCGUCAACCUUUGAGGACCCAUCCACAGCCACCUAUAUGCAGUUCCUGAGGGAGGGACUCCGGCGUGGCCUGCCCCUCCUCCAGCCCUAGUGUACUUAGAGUCCUGGAGAAAAUGGACCUGGUGAGAACCUGGCAGGGCAGAUUCCACACGCCCUGGAGCCACAGUGCCCUCCAUCCAUUUCACCCUGGAAAUGGUUCCCACCUCAUCCCCAGGCUGCCCAGAGAGGUCCAAGGUCAACUGAGGUUGCUCCCUUCACUUAGUCUGAAUGAUGGCGGAUAGAUGAAGGGGCCAUCGAUAGUAGCCUCAUCAGCUCUUCCCUACUCCUCUGGCUCCGAAAACUUCAAGUCCCCCAAAACAGGGUCGGGGUGCUCUCCCUGGACCUUCCACACAGUGAUAUGGUUCAGGGCCUCAGUGUGAAGAAGGACUAGGCUGGAAAGACAGACUGCCCCUUCUUUCUUGGCUCCCCUCUCAAGCCACAGGAAUCUAAGAACUUGGCCCUAGGGGCCAGGCUGCCAGCCCUCUGCCUGUUGGGAGCCUUCUCUCCUGGCCAUCUCCCAGGCAGCUUUCUGUGCCCAGUGCCCCCAGCAUGGGGUCACUGUCAGCUGGAGGCAGCCGUGGGAAGGGCUGCACAGACCCCUUCAGCAGAAGUGGAGACCAUACAGUGCCGCCCUGCAGAGCACUUAACCUGACGACCCAGGCCUGUUUGGGGAGAAGUCGGUUGUACUUCAGCAGUGGGGUUCUGGGGGCGGGGCGGGGUAGCCCUAUUGCCUGCCCCUAGCACACGUUCGUGACAGGACUGUUGGAGCCAGUGUCCCCACGACACCUCCCACCCUGACCCUGCUCCAUAGAAGUUAGCCCAGUCAAAGAACAGAGCCUCCCCACAGGGUCCUGCAGACAAAUGCAUUUGCCACUCACUGGGUGGUCACUGGGUCCCCUUGGCUAGGGACUUGGUCCACAUCCUGAACCACUGACCAUGGCCAGUCUUUUUUAUGCACACAGAAAAGGGUUUUUAUAUGAACUUUUUCACAGUUUAUAGAUAUUUUUUAAGACUCUGAAUGCUGAGGAGAAAGAAGGUGGGCAAUGGCCUCCACCAGCAGCAGCCGCAUGAUGGCUGGGUCUGAAAUCCCAAAUGGAUCCAGCCUGAUGUUCUCGCAGUUGCACGUGGGGGGAUAUGCCCAUCUCCCUUCUCUUCCACCUUUUUACAAGUAGUCUUGUGAGGAUCGGUGUUUCCCCGGCUCCGUCCUGCGCUUCACACUCCCAAGAACUGCCUGAUCUCAAUCGCGUUAAGGCCUUCUUGACAUCACCCGGGUUCCCUGUGUGCCCAGUUCUUUCCCCUGCCUCACCAGGGGCUCAGUCUUCACCCUAGCAGAGGAGGAAGGCUGGCAGCCGUUUCCUGAGCCCAGCUCCCCUGCCUGCUGCUCGACUCACCCCACGAGACCACCUCUCAGUCUCUGAGACGCCCUGCAAGGAUCGUGCACAUUUUCCCAUGUGGUUCUCACUGCAAACCAGUGAACUGGAAAAUCCCCUAUUUUCAGACACUCGAGUCCUAGGAAAGCUGAGUGGCUUCCCAGGGUCACUCAGAGUCCUGGAGUUGUGGAUCAAAUCCACGUGACUCCAAGGGUGUGUCUUGGUUUUGGGAGUGCCUUGGUAGAUACAGCACCCCUGCUCAUUUCUCCGUGGUGGGAAAGAAAUCCUUUAAAAUCAUGACGACUCCUGCAGGUGGUGGUGGUGCCUGCUUUUAAUCCCAGCACUAAGGAAGAAGCA